ACACCCGAAUCUGUUUUUACUUUUAAAUCACAAAAUGAAUGCUCAAACUUCGAAUAAAUGUGACCGAUCUUCGGCUUCAUGUUGCAAACGAACAUGGCGUCUUGUUAUUCCCGACCCGCUUGUUAAAAUGAGAUAUUUGAUAAAAAAAAAACUAAAUUAAAAAAAGGCUGUUCUUAGAAAUAGUUUAAUCUGAUGUUCUACUUUAACUAAAACAGGUCUAAUUUAAAUAUUUUACCAAAAAUAUUUGAUAUAUUUUAAAUAUACAUCUUGUCAUCUAGAAUUAUAUAAUAGCCAAAACACUGAUUGGGCAUGUUUGGACUAAACGUCAUCUCAUGGAGGCAAAUUAUUUGAUUAUAAACAUAACAUUUAAUAAUUAUUUAAUUCUUGGUUUUUAUUAGAGAUCUGCUUCUCGGACAGAACCUGGCAGCAUCAAAUCUGUAUUAAUGCAUCAUUAUGUAACAAUAAUUCAGAGAAGACUUGAAACAAUUGAGAAAUUUACUUUUUCCUCACAAUUUUUACUUGUAUCUGGAUUAACCGUGUGUGUAUACGUAAUGUACUUGUAAUUAUAUAUAGUUGUCUAAAAAGUCUUCAGCAUGUUACAGAAGGCUACAUCCACAAUGUGCAUUCAGACUGAGCAUGAACCCACGAGAUGUCCCAGCCACUGUGACCCUUGAAACUGUCAAUUCUGUCACAUUUACUCAGGACACAGAGGGAAACAUAAUCCUGCACUGCCCUCAAAAUGACGGGGAGGACUUGGGUUCUGACGAGGCCACUGAACUAGUACACAAACGCCUGCGAUUGUCCAAUGACGACACAGAGGACGCUCAGGAUUCUACCUCAACAGAGUACUCUGUUGUCACCGUACCAAGUGAGAAUAUUACAGAAGGUGAUGAAAGCUUUGAGGUGACAAUGACUGCUACAGAGAUGAAAGAAGGGGAGCUGGAACAGGACGAUCAUUCUCAAACACGGAAUAAGGAUACUCCUGGCCUACAGAUAGCUGAAGAUGUAUCUGCUGUCAGUCAAGCCUGGUUCACCACGAAAGGGGAUAAAGAUACACUGGUUAACAAGGGUCACAAAUGGAAACAGGGUAUGUGGUCAAAAGAGGAGAUUGAUAUUCUGAUGGGUAACAUAGACAACUACCUGAAGAACCGAGGGAUCCAGGACCCUGCCGAGAUCAUCUUUGAAAUGUCCAAAGAGGAGAGAAAAGAUUUUUACCGCAGUAUAGCAUGGGGUCUGAACAGACCACUAUUUGCAGUUUACAGACGAGUACUACGUAUGUAUGACAACCGAAACCACGUUGGCAAAUACACUGAUGAGGAGAUUAAUAAACUGAAAGAGCUAAGGGAGAAACAUGGGAAUGACUGGGCUACCAUUGGGGCGGCACUUGGUCGGAGUGCUUCUUCUGUGAAAGAUCGCUGCCGACUCAUGAAGGAUACAUGCAACACCGGCAAAUGGACCGAGGAGGAGGAGAGAAGUUUGGCAGAGGUGGUCCAUGAGUUGACUGGCACAGACUUUGGUGAUGUUGUUACUCAGGGCGUCUCUUGGGCAUCUGUAGCAGAACUCGUUGGUACUCGCUCGGAGAAACAGUGUCGCUCUAAAUGGCUCAAUUAUCUUAACUGGAAACAGAGUGGCGGCACAGAAUGGAGCAAAGAAGAUGAUAUUAAUCUUGUUCAUAGGAUAACUGAGCUGGAUGUAGAGGAUGAGAAUGACAUUAAUUGGGAUACCCUGGCCGGUGGAUGGAGCAGCGUUCGCUCGCCUCAGUGGCUCCGCAGCAAAUGGUGGACCAUCAAAAGACAAGUGGUCAAUCACAAAGAACUUCCCUUUCCUAUUUUGUUAAAAGGCCUGCAGGAUGUUGUGGAAGCUCCACCGUCUAUGAUGAACAAAGUCGUUGUUGUUGGUUCUCGAUCUGCUAAUACUUCACCCAGCCCUGUUACUGCACUGCAGAUCCCAGUCCAUAUUCCAGUCCAGAUUACACAUGUCUCUUCCUCAGAUGGUACAAGUGGCACCUCAGACAGUGAAACGAUCACACUGAACACUGGAGCUUUACAGACAUUUGAAUUACUACCUUCAUUUCACCUGCAGCCCACUGGUACCCCUGGCACAUAUUUCCUCCAAACAGGAACCAAUCAGAGCCUCACAUUCUCAGCCAGUCCUACGGUCACACUCACAGCUGCAGCUUCGCCAUCAUCCCCAGACCAGAUUAUUUUACACAGCCUCACAAAUAUUUUUCCUCUCACUCUCCAUAAGGCUGACACUGACAAUGUGACAGUUCAGAUGUCCCACCCGGGCAUCAUCAUCCAGACAGUGACCACAGAAGACCUCUCUGACCCUCUCAGCCAAUCAGAGCUGGAAGCAGAGCAGGAGCUUGUGAAGGAACAGCCUAUGAACAACUUGAACAACACAGAUGAAGAGGAACAUGGUGAACAGCGUUCAAUAGAUACAUGUGUAGAAAAGAAAACGGUGGAGAAUUCUGGAAUAGUUGAAGGAGCUGUGCUUAUGGUUCCAUCCCCAAGUAACUUUAUUCCCUCUAAUGAAAAUAUCAGCACAGAUUCUGUCUUACCCCUUGGAACACUGACAGAUCCAAUUUUGGAAAACCAGGAGGAUGACUCGGACUGAUCUGAAAAAUGGAAUAGUUGCCGUAUUAAGCAGGAUGCAUAAUCAGUCAGACUUCCACAUUAAGGAAAAUCCAACACAAUAAUGUUACUGAUAAAUUUGUAAAUUGUGUUGAAAAGGUUUUGCUACCAAAGUCGCAUUAUGGGUUAGUAUUGUAGCGUGUGAAAGGGUUUCUGAAUGCAACUGACAUUUAGAGGCUAUAUCUUCUUACAUGGGGUCAAAUGCAGCUUGCAAAUCAUCCAAAGCAUUAGCAUGAAUUAUGUGCAUUGUACAUGGAUAUUGUAAUUACCAUAAUUACCAUAAGAGUCUCAAUGCAAUUACGAGCAUUAAAUACUUUGAGUAAGCAACACUUUUUAAUGGUUUGUUGAAAAUCAUGUAAUACCCUCACUGUUACAAUGUUUGUUUGUUUUUGUGCACAUUUUUUGCUUAAUAGUAAUACUGGACAUAUCAAUGUGAUGCACUGUUUCGUAUACUAAAGUGGUUGUACAUGAAUGUUUGUUUUUUCUAAAUGUCUACUAGGUUAGACAUAAUUUAUCAAAGGCAUUAAAUAUUCACCUAACCUUUAAGUUAUUGCCUCUGUGUUUAUUUAUUGAAUAAACAAAAUAAUGUCACCACUUGCAUGUCA